AUGGACGUCGUGCGCAAAAGAUGGCCCUCCACUCUCCACGCCGUCCGCAUCCUCGCCUGCCCAAGCUGCGCAUCCCGCCCGUCCUCCUCGCAACCAAAGCACUUCUCCGUCCUCAACCGACCGCCGCCCAGCUAUCCCGGUCAUGUGCCUCUCACCAGAGUCGAGCGCCUCAGCAUGGCCAUCGGGUCGAGCGUCAUGGCGCUGCUAAACCCCUACCGAGCCGACCUCGUCGCCGCCGUCGGCGAAUCCACCGCAACGCCGUACUUCAUCUACCGCCUCCGUGACGCCAUGCUAGCAGACCCGACCGGCCGCCGCAUCCUCCGCGCCCGGCCCAGAGUCACCUCGGAGACCUUGUCCCUGCCGUACCUGCGGUCCCUCCCGCCGGGCACAGUCGGCCGCGCCUACGUGUCCUGGCUCGACCGCGAAGGCGUCUCGCCCGACACGCGCUCCGGCACGCGCUACAUCGACGACGAGGAAUGCGCCUACGUCAUGCAGCGGUACCGCGAGUGCCACGACUUCUACCACGCAAUCACCGGCCUGCCCGUCGUUCGCGAGGGUGAAAUCGCCCUCAAGGCCUUUGAGUGGGCCAACACGGGGCUGCCCAUGCCUGGGCUGAGCAUGUUUGCCGCGGCGACGAUGAAGUCGCGGGAACGGAAGAGGUUCUGGGAUAUCUAUCUGCCGUGGGCGCUGCGCAACGGCUCCAGGAGCAAGGAAAUCAUCAAUGUGUUUUGGGAAGAGCAGCUGGAGCGCCCCGUCGAGGAUUUGCGGCGGGAGCUGCGGAUCGAGCAGCCGCCAGAUCUGAGGGCGAUACGGAGGAGGGAAAGGGAGGAGAGGAAGAGGCUUCGAGAACAGGGCUGA